AUGAACCGCAAACAACCCACCGAAAAAACCACCCUCCUCCUCCUAAGCGACACGCACACCCUCACCCCGCAACCGCCGACAACCUCCUCCUCCUCCCCCUCCUCAUCACAUCCCCGCGACCACGAGUCCUCCACCCCACCCCCAGCCUUCCUGGAGCCCCUCCCCGCCGCCGAAAUCCUCAUCCACGCCGGCGACCUCACCAAAGUCUCGCGCCGCCACGAGCACCUCACGACCCUGUCGUACCUGAAAUCGCACCCGGCGCGCCUCAAGCUCGUCAUUCCGGGCAAUCACGACAUCACCUUCGACGCGCCCUACUACGAGUCGCUGGGCCACCACCGCCACCGCAACCGGACGGACCACACGGCGCCGUCGGCGACGGCGUCCGCGGCGAACAUCAGCUCGGGCAAGGCGGAGCCGGGCCACUUGGAGGAUCCCGAGGCGAUUCGCCGGCUGUAUACCGGUCCGGAGGCGUGGGAUGCCGGGAUCCGGUUGUUGGGGGAGGGGGUGCAUGAGUUCGAGUUACCAGGGGAUGGUGGGAAGAAGAAGAGACGGCUGAAGGUGUAUGCGUCCAGCUGGACGCCGGAGUUCUGUCAGUGGGCGUUUGGGUAUGAGCGCGGCGUGGAUCGGUUCAAUCCGCCUGCUUCGGCUUCGGCUUCUUCUGCCUCUUCUUCUUCUUCUUCUUCUUCGAUGGUGCCGGACAUCGACAUCGUGAUCACGCACGGCCCGCCGUACGGGAUCCUGGACCACGUCGUGCCCAACCAUGUCAGCGUCGGGUGCGAGCACCUGUACCGCGCGGUCAGGCGGGCGCGGCCCCGGCUGCACGUCUUCGGCCACAUCCAUGAGGGGUACGGCGCCAUGCGCCGCGAGUGGAGCACGGGCAACGACUCCAUCAUCCAGUGCGACCAGCCGCGCACGCGCGAGGAGCACUGCGCCCGCGUCGACGUCAGCAAGGCCAGCAUGAUGCCCUUGAACCCGGGCCAGGAGACCCUCUUCGUCAACGCCAGCGUGGUCAACGUGCAGUAUCAUCCGAUCAAUGCGCCGUGGUUGGUGGAGAUGGAGUUGCCGGUUGUUGUGGGUGAGGGCAAUUAG